CGGGCGGCGAAGGUGAAAGCGGCCGAGCGGCGGGCGGUGGGGCCUUGGCCGAAGCGGAGCGCGGCGGACCGGCUGUGUUGGUGACGAGCGCGCGAACAGCUCGCACGGACCGUCAGCACCGCCGCCACGAAACAUGGGAAAGCUGGCAGGAGCCUGGUUGUUGCUGGCCUUGGUGGGCUGCUGCCUGGCCGGUGACAUGAUGCGCAAGUCGAUCGUCUACAACCCCAAGACGCCGGACGUGUUCUACUGUCCGCUGUACAAGCCCAAGUCGUUCGACGACAUGCUGGUGAAGUCGCGGCCGCUCUCGAAGCUGUGCGAGUUCAAGGGGCGCCCGCUGCCGGCCGACUACCGGUCCGACUGCUACGGCGACGUGGACGAGACCGAGUUCGCCUGCGCCGAGAAGCACCGGAUCCUGCAGCGGCUCAAGUCGGAGGAGGAGGCGUUGAACGGCAUCUGGGACGGCCACUAAUUGAUGCGGCUGAACCCACCCGGCUCUGAAAACGCCAUCGACUUGGACGACGACUUCGUCUACAAGUACCACGGCGACUAUUGAGCGUCGCCCGCCCGCCCCGAACCGAAUACCGCUCGCGACGCCACCUGCUGUGCCGACUGAAGCGACAUCUGCAGUGCGCCGCCCGCGGUAUUCGACGCCCGCGCUGCGUCCCGCUCAGCGGCGGGGCGUGCGCGCGGGCGGCCACAUUAGAAGUAGACACGCGCUCCUAAUCCGCGCGGCCCAUCGAGUCUAACUGAUCAUCAGUAUUGAACGACGUCCUUGCACCGCUCCGAUGUAUAAAAUAGUGAUGUUGAAGGUACUGUGAUCGAAUGGUGAGUUGCUUUAUUGCGACUUCAGGUGUAAUAUAUAGUUCGUUAAUAUCGACCUUGCGCAGAAAGCAGCUAUCUGACUACUUUGAGGAUAGAAAAACUGAAAAUAAACCACUCCAGUGAA